AUGGCCAUCAUCGACUCUUUCCGUCCCAACGCCACCACUCUCGAGUUUUCCGCAUGGCCCGAGGACAUCACCGGCCUUGAGCGUAUUCUGUUGACCGCACGUGGCGACUUGCAGCGGAUGCUGAGUGCAUUCUUCGCCGAGACCAUCUCCAUCAAGUCCAUCUACGCAAACACCGGACCACGCAACGGACCCGCAUGUAACGAGGCUCCCGUCACUCAAGAGCGCGAGGUCCACCUCGUCUGCCGCGGCCGCACCGUCUGCGUCGCCACGUCGACCAUCACGCUCUCCAGCGCGCUCUGCGAGGGUCUCUUCCUCGACGACAAGUUCGCCGUCGGACAGAUGUUCCGCAAGCUCGGCCAGCCGCCCAAGUUUGAGCUGCUUGAUGCCGGCGCUGGCCGUGACGAGCACACCGGCCGCCGCACGCUUUGGCGCCGUUACACACUCAGCACCGAGGGGUUCCAUUGCGACAUCGUCGAGGCGUUCCCCGACCGUGACAUGUUCGUUCGGGGCGCGGCAUGGUUUGAUGACGCACCGAUGCCUCAGCGCGGUGCUGUUCCGCCUUCGGUCCCCGAGCUCAAGGCUAAGGCCGCGCAGGUCGUGCAGGAGCUCCACGCGUCGGUCGCCGCUGGCGAGGUGGUGGCGUAG